GUCCAAUUAUUUGCACCAAUCUUGUCGAGCAUUCACGUGAGUGAUUAGCUGCUUCGCCAGAUAUUUUCUCCUUUUGAACCUAUGCGCAGUUGGAAAAAGUGCUAUUUUUUCUCUCGAUUGUUCUCCCCCCGCUAUGCUCUUUUUUCCCUUUCAAGUUUUUCUUUUUAUUCGUUCGCGUCUGUUUCAAGCAACUUCCAACUUUAUACCUAUCAAGUUUACAUCAUUUAGAAUGAGCGCAGCGAGUGCAGAUGCUCAACAAGAACAACAACAGCAGCAACCACAACAGUCGACUGAGACCAGAGACUCAGAAAGGGACGUGGUUUUGGAAAAGAUAGCGCUAAAUGAAAACAACACUAUGCCGUGGCCAGAGCUGCGGACAAUCAUCAGACAAAAGCUAGCGCAGGCGGUUGACACGCUAACACAUCGCCAGGAGAAUAGACAGAACCGCAGCCAGGAUGAGAGUGGGACUGGAAACCAGUUGGAUACAUCUACAGCCGAGGCUCAGUCUUCGCGUAAGCGCACAAGAUCGGAGGACACGGGCAAAACCGGCGACACUCGGCCACCUGGCCAACAGGCCGGCUCCCCCGAAGACAACAGUGAAUCAAUUGACCAAGAUGCAGAAGGCAUUGAAGAAGAAACCAGCGAAUCUCAGCAUAUCGAAGAUCCCGACAGCGUCGACGUCCAGGAUAUCCAUGAUCUUGAAGAACGCAUUAACUACUGUUUGCGCACUUUCGACGAGGCGCCCUUCACGAUCCAGCGCAUUGCUGAGCUGCUGAUGUGGCCCGAAAGGCACUACCGUAAUGUCAUAAAGUUUUUGCGUGCUGUCGAGCGCGUCGUCUACGUGACAUCCACCGUGGAGGAAUUCCCCACUACCGCACACAUGCAGGAUGAGAACGAUGGUGGUGAGCUCCUUGAGGAUAGUCUAAAUGCGAAUGCGCCACCAUCGGUAUAUUCGUUUGUUGAUACUGCUUCUGUUACUGCGCGGGGCUCGGGUUUGUCAGACGGGAAUGUGCAGACUAGGGCAAGUCCCGGUGACGCAAGUGUGUUAAUGCCGAAAGCGAAUGCGAAUGCGAAUGCGAGCACUGUGCCGCUGGACGCCUCUGAUACGGGCAUUUUACAUAUUCAGCCUACGUCGACGGAUGACACAGAGACAAUGUCAAAAAUUCGCGACAAUGUCGAUGCUGAUGUGCCCGUUUAUAUCGAUGAUCAUGUGGGCGGAUCAAGCAAACUGACUGUGAAACCGGUGUUUCCGGAAAUUGAAUUGGAAUCGACAGUAGAACCGUCCGAGGUUAUGUCUGAAGUUGAUGCUUUGGCGGAGAGCAAAGAUGCAGAUGAGGACCUGAGAGAAUAUUUGAUAUAUGUUUAG